CAGUCAAUCCAAGAUUCCCAUAUAUCACACAUAACACUCGCCCGUCAUGGUGUCAUUACUUCAGCGCAUGCGCAAGCUGCAAACUAAGCUCCUCUCCAUCCGCCUCGGUCCCGGUGCAGCAGUACUCCCCAAGGAAGUCUCCCGCAUCCACAUGCGCUUCGCCCCCAAAAUCGACGGCGGCCACAUGGGCCCAAAAAAGUUCUGGCGCCACGAACUCGUCCGCCUGAAAUUCCACAACCCUGCCAUUCCCAUGACCCUCGACCGCACCGCUCCCCAGACCGAUCCCGCUCUGAUGACCAUCUUCUUCGCCGACCCGGAAGCAUCGCCUACAAGUGGUGCUACACCCACAACCAGCACAAGUGGUGACAAGGAGCCCAGCAACUAUGCGCCCAGCUCAAGGACGGAAACGAUUGACAUGACGGGCCGCCUGCCAGAGAACAUUUUGGCCGACUUGAUGAACCUUACGAAUGCGAGACAGAUCGAGGCUACAAAGGAAGAGUUGGACACACUGCGUUCGCUCGAGGAGCAACGGAUCCGCAGUGAGAGAGAUAGCAAGCUCAGUUUGGAAGUCAGAGAAAAGAAGAAGAGAGAGGAGGCUUUGUUGGCCCAGGCAAGAGGUGACAUGGCUUCUGCUGUCUAGACUUGGAGAGCUCGAUUCGUGUAAAAUUAUAUUCUGGGAGGGGAAGCCGCAUUUUCGCAUGGCGUUUGGAUGCUGGGUUGUUCAAAAUCACUGGGCCUGUACAAAAAGGCAUAUGCCAUUUCAACUACUUU